GAUCUGGCAGAGUUAUAAUAAUGUGAAGAGCUUUGUUUGACCCGAUUUCAUUUUUAUGGCAGAAUACAGCGAUCGUCAAACAAGACGUUGGAAAAAUCCGCAAUGGGCUGUAAGCAAGUGUUUCCCAUUUGUCUGAGAUUUUGUUUGACUUUGGCUUUUGGUUCGGUAGAGUCUCAGAAAUACAACUAUGUUAAUUUCAUUGGCAGCAUCAGCUGUAGUUUCAGGUCACUUCUAUUUUGUUUCUAAACUUCAACCGAGGCACUAGCGUCAAGGACUUACGCCCACGGCUCUCCGUGCAAACAGUGGAAAACCAUGAGGACGGACGGAAAACGCUGCGGAAAUGGAUUAUCAUGCUGUUUGUCACUGGGGAGGCUGUUUAUUUCACAAACUCUCACUUUGCAGGAGCGACCUCGCGAAUGGAAAGGAUUGUUUUGAUUGUCCCCGUCACCCCGAGAGAGCUUUUUCUGUACCUUCAGGGGGUAGCGGUCCGACCGGCGGAGAGGGACAGGGCGGAGGGACUCCUAGCUGCUGUGCUGCGUCUUAGUUCUGGCUGCAUAUAAAGCAACUUGACAAGAGUAACAUUAUAAACGAUCAGCAGUUCACCAUUGCUUAUUUUUAAGCCUGCUGUAAAAGUCCAGUCUGGAAAACAAACAGAGGAGUUAGAAAACGCAUCAGUCAUAAAGCCUCAGAACUAAAAGUUGUUGAAGUGCCUCGAACUUUACGGCCCUUGAAAGUAGCGGUGCUUCCCCGAACAAUUGGAUCACUUCUAUUCAUAUGUACGUAUAAAGUUUGAUUGCAGGUACCUGACCUUUUAUUGCUCAUAUUGCAUUUAAGUAAAUGUGUGAGGAUGGUGGAAAGCCGGACCUGUGUCCAGAGGGAGGGGGUGUACCGCUGGUUUUCCCUUCUCACUUCAGCCCAAAGGACAGAGUUCCUGUGCGGCCUUCUGGACCUCUGCGUUCCUAUCGAACUCCGCUUCCUCGGGUCCUGCUUGGAAGACUUGGCCCGCAAGGACUACCACUCCCUUCGAGAUGCAGAGAUCAGAGCCAACAACCCUGCGGACCUAUCUGGCCUCACCAACGUUACGGACGAGGUGGUGCGUAGUAAGUUGCUGGUGUCCCUCGCCCUUCUCGGUUCUAACAAUAGAGAAGCUGCGGGGGUCCUGUACCGGAUCCUGACUCACAUCGACAUCGUGAUAAAUAAUUAUGGCCUGUCGCUGAAUGACGGGAGGACCGAUGAACAGUUUCUUUUGUUAUUCACUAUGGCCUCUCAUCACCCAGCAUUUAGUUUCAACCAGAAGCAAGUGCUCAGGCAGCAGCUCUGCCAAAUCCAGGACAUCUUGCAGGUGAGAGAGACCCACACAAACACACACACACACACACACACACACACACACACAUAUAUAUAUAUAUAUAUAUACAUACAUACAUAAUAGAGUUGAGUUCAAACCGUUAUUUGACUUUUUUGUCAAUGAACAUUCUUAUAUGAAGUCCUUUAUAAGGUGGUAGCUUGUAGAGAAAGAAAGAGUACUGACUGCUAUUAUUUUAAGACAUCACAUGGUUAAAGAAAUAUACUCAUGGGAAAUAUUGGUUUCAUAACACUGGGAAGUUUAAAUGAAUAAAUAAAAUAAUAAAAUAAUAAAAUUAAAUUUGACAGUUCUUUGGGAUGAAAUUCAAUUUGUGGUUGAAAGGAUAUGAAUGCAUAUUGAUGUAUAUGGCAUCCAAUCUGUACAGUACAGAUUUAAUUUACAGUAUUGCUGUUUUGGAAACAUGCCAUUCGAUUGCACCAUGUAAGACUGCACUUCAUAGUAAGAAGAUGAAGAAGGUCCCCACAUUUCCUUUCAAAGAUUGGCCUCUACUCCAAUACAAUACCUUAACUUUUUGAAAGUAAGAAAAUCAGUAAUGCCAGUUCCACUAUUUGUUUGCAUUUGGAACACAUUGGGGAAGCUCCAGUUUUGAACACACUACAUUUAUUACACAGUGAGAUCCUGCAGGACAGCAUUAGGAUUUCAACUUUUUUCCAUCUACUGUCACCUGAAGCAGUGUAAAUCAUCGAGAUCUCAAAUGGUGCAUAACUGUUCAAGUUCAAAUCCUAAAACUUGGGAUAAAACCUGGAGAAAAAAAUGUGAUUCAGAAAGAAUCAUUCUGACACGAGUGAACCACUUAUAGAAUUUAGUCUCCUUCAUAAAUACAUAUCGCCUGACAUGUGAAUAUUGGUAAAUGUACUUGUAGUAUUGAUCUCUUAACUGCUCGAUCAAAUCAAUACUUCUCCAGAGUUUACAUUACAGUUAUUCCAGAGUUUGUAUAUUUUUUAUAUGUAAAUAUAUAUAUAUAUAUAUAUAUAUAUAUAUAUAUAUAUACACUAGAGGCCAAAAGUUUGGAAGCAAGAUCAGAUUUGUACAAAAAAAGAUCAUAGUUUCAUUAAUAUAAUUUGCAACACAAUAAACGUGACUAUUGUGUAAAGAGUAACUUAUCAGGAGACAUUUUGACUAUAAUUAUUAGGUAUUUGAGUUAUUGUUGCUUAAAUUUUGCUUUCCUCCCUUAUUUUAUGUGCUGUCUUUUGCCGAUCUCUCUUACUGGUGACAAUGCUAUGUUAAAUUUCUGCUUUUGUAGUAACUCUCUUUCGUCCAGGUCUUUUUCUAUCAUCAUAACUUCCAGGUUCCUCUAGUCUCUUCAGAGUGUAGUGGACUCCUUUGUUAAACACCUUUAGGCAUUUUGCAAUUUCUCUUUCUGUGUAUCCCUCUUUCCUCAAUGUACAAAUCGGUACUUUUGUUUCUUUACGCAGUUGCUUCUUACCGUAAACCGUAAAUGGGUCUAUGCUAAUAAGACUACUCCGCUACUGAGUUGCACUCCAACUGGUGCAAAUGCAAGCUUCAGCUGGCCUAUCAUGAGCUUAUUUCAUAUGGUCUAUGCUCACAAAGCAUGUAUGUUAACUGAGCUUACGUAAGCAUUCAGUACAGUUGCUGAGCAAGCCCUGCUUUGAACUCUAAAAGAUGUAGUGCUGGUCCACAAAGCUCAUGUCACAGACAUACUCAAUGAGAAUUUUUCCUGUUGAAAUGAUGUUUUUUUCCUGUCUGUUGUUGAAAAGCUGUUCUAAACAGGUUAGAAAGUAUUUUUUUUUUUAGUAUUAUUUUUUUUAUAUUGCCCAAAAGUAAACCUUGAUUCACUGUCCAUGUUUGGAGCACAUUUUAGUUCAGCUCAGAUAAGCUUUUUGGCAUGAAAUUCAAAACAAUGUUGCCAAAGCAUAAUCAAUAUUACUUAUUAAUCAGUACACAAAAACUAAAUUAGAUUUGAGUAAAACACGAGAAGCUGUAAGUAUUACAUCUUACUCUCUGAUUUGGUGUUUUAAUAAACAUCUUGAUGGUUGCAGGUAAGCUGUGGGGGAGCAAGAGGAAUGGAGGCCUUAGCAGAAUGUCAGUGCAAGGAGAAAGCCCCUGUCUGCUAUACUCAGCUACAUCACCAUGAUCAUGACAAGCUGUCUUCCUCACUGUCUCCCACUGCCACCUCCCUGCCUGAUGCUGGUGCUUCCAACAUGCCUUUACCUGCCAACCAAGCCUGCAACGCACAAUGCUCUCACUGGCGCAAGGUAGGGACAACAGUGAGAGUGUACUUCUUUGCUACAAGCUGGAAACUCUCUGUGAAAAUGGUUUGAAUCCAUUACUGAUAUGGCUGAUGAAUUUUGAAAAUGAGGGCAAAGAUGAUUCAGAAUCAUUGUAACCAUAAUAGAAAAAAAGAUCUAAAUUAUUUAGACACAACCAUUCUCAGCUGAGAGUCUUGCAACAUGUGAACAAUUUACUGUUUGUUACUGUGGAGUCAAUGACAACAAGUGUUGCGAUAGAGGCACGAUUUAAUUAGAUUCUUUGUUUUGACAUCCAUGAAUCUGCUGGAAGUGUCAAAGACACCACUACACGUUUUAGAUAUUUAGAGCAAGAUCAAAAACUGGAUUGUCAGGAAUGCAUAGACACAGCCACAAAAGAAACCUAGAACAAUGAUAUGCAAAAGUGUAGAGUAACUUAGACUGUAACUUAUAAAUGGUUUCUUCUUUGCGUGGUAGAGUCUUGAGAGUAGACUGCAUAAUACACAGUCCACGCUCUCAGUGACAUCAAACAUUUGUUGGAGUUUGGAGUAUGAUAGGCUGUCACCUGCAAAAAGACCAACAGGUUGAAAUAUUGUGGCCCAAUAAAUUCUUUGUGGCAUUUAGUAAGCGCUAAAUUUUUCAAUCACCCUGCACCUGCGUAUGUGAUGUGUGUGUAACUCCCUUCUGUUGGUCAAUCUAAAUUUCUUCAAAACUAAUGAGUUAUGAAAAAAAAAAAAUACCAUACAGUGUGUGCAGGUAGAGAAAUGAGCAAUAAACUAAAACCACGUUUGAACCAGGCUGUAGAGAUAAGCUUAAUAAAUGGGUUCAAAGUUCAAAGUGGAGCCAGGCUCAAACAGGCGCUUGAGGAACUGCACCUCCACACUGGCUUCAUCUCACAAGCCUAGAGCCUAGUCACUUAGUACAAACAUCGGUGUCAAAAAGCAAAACUAGAAGUCAGCCAUAAAAUUUCAAAAUGUCAACAGUAAAGCUGACAGGAAAAACAGACUGUAGUUUUCUGCUUGGAUGUGACAAGAUGAAGUUAAGAGAUCAUUGUGGGAGGGGGAAGAGGGGAUUUCCCAACGAUGCAGGGAAGUGAGUGGCUCAUUUUCCCUGCGCUACAGUCACAUCUGGUAUCUAUCUGCAAAGUGCUGCAGAGGAAUUCUUUAGACAAGAAUAAGCUCAUAAAUGAAUCAGAAUAAGGACUAAACUCAUGCUCUGUUUGAGCUGUUGUUGACAUUUUCACCAAUGAAAGCACGCACAAGAGGCACAUUUGAAAACUGGGAAUUACAAAUUCGACCUGUCCAGAGGAAUAAAAAGUAAAGUAAACCAACCCUGAGAAGUUUUGCAGCUAAGUCUCCAACUAUCAAGACCCCAUAAAAAACAGAAAUUAUUUCAAGAUAAGGCUUUUCAUGCUCAUCAUUUCAUUUUACUCCUGGCGACAGUGUUGCUGUCAGAGGAACACCAUGUAGGAGUUUUCGAUCUCUCUAUGAUAGCUUUCAUUUCCAGCAUGUUUUCACUUAAGCAGGCCGUCUCUCUGCAAAAGGAGACAAUCAGGUUGCCUUAUGAUUAUUUUAAUACCUGAAAUAUGCCAUUAUUAUCACAAAAAACAGUAGUUAGCUGUUUGUGAUGUCAUGAUCAGAAACUACUCAUGUGGAUGUUUUUAGGUGGCUGCAAAAGUUAACUGUUUAAUUGUAAAGUAUGUCUGAGUGACAAACAGGGAUUUAUAUUUGUGGGGAGGAUUAUACAGUUGAAGGACUGUCCCCCUCGCUGCCUGCCUCUCUGAGUCCUUCCCCCUCUCUUUCUCUUUUUUGACUCUCAUCCUUUGCAGAGUUGUAGAAAUCUUACACUACAGAUGGACUGUUUAAACUGUACAUUUUCACAAGGGUAUUGCUGCCAUAUCUUAUAAUAGGAAAUAUCAUUGGACACUGCCAGUCUUUAUGGUAUUAAUAUGGAGGAUGUUCACCAUAAACACGGGCAAAGCAAAGAGAGCUGGGAGCAGUGAGAAGUUCGAGAUGCAUUGUAUUGGCUUUAUUUUGCUCAUUCUGUCACACUGAUGUAAACAAACAUUUGUGUGCUCCCUCAAAGACAGGCAGGCUCACCAGUUUUAGUAUGUGUGAGUAGCAGUCAGGGGAAAGUACCUAGACAGGAGCGUUUGUAUUUAGUGUUUUGUUGCCCUUGGCUUCUGUUUAGUGCAGGUCAGCACAUUUCUGUAUGCUGAAAUCAACCCGCUGUGGUGUGUGUGUGUGUGUGUGUGUGUGUGUGUGUGUGUGUGUGUGUGUGUGUGUGUGUGUGUGGGGGGGGGGGGGGGGUAUAGUGUUGUGUGUGUGUGGGAACAUGUGCCUGUGCAUGUGUGUGUCUCCAGUGAAUCCCCAGGAAGUUAUAAAUGCUCUCUCCCUCUCUCUCUCUACUUCUCUCUUUCUCUCACUCACUCUCUCUCUUUAACCCCCCCCCCCCCCUUCCCAGCACUGACGCCUUCCAGCUUUUUCUUCCCAGCUCUCUUUAAAAGAAAAUCACAGUUUUCACUGUAAACCAGCGCUGUUUUAAACAGAUUCAACAGCACUAAAUGUCAAAUCACUGGCAUAACAGCUCUCUGCAAGACAUUUGUUGUUUGCAUCUCCAAAGGAAAGUGUAAAAAUUUAGAACUUUAAUCAAGCAGUAGUCAACUGUUUCCUGCAAGUGCCAGUUCAUAGCAAGAACAGCAUAUUAGUCUAUUACCUUCACUUUGUUUCUAAGGGCUGCAACAAUCAGUGUUCUCAAAUAAGCAAAGGGCAUCUUUGACAGAAGUUUCUCACAGCAUCCUUUAUUCAGCUGUUUGGUUGUAUCUGUCCUUGAUUGUUUUGGUCAUUUAGUUUGUGAGAAACAAAAAAUAGCUAUAGUGAAAUAACUCAGGACUGUUCUGGAAGUUAGUGACUAGAACAGCUACAAAAAAAAAACUUGCAAAUAGCAGACUUUUGUUCUUAGCUAGCUGCUCCUUUUUUUAGAAUUAAGUCAACUUGCAUGACCUUCUUCUAACAUUAAGCAGCUGGUUGCUAAGUUGUUUUGAGUUCUCUGGCAGGAUCCCUUACCAGUAGUAUGAACAGCAGAAAUACAGUAAUAGAAAGCACACCUCUGUUCUGUUUAUACAAAUAAUCUUCCCUGCCACUAGUUUUUCUGUCUCUCUAUAUUAACAUUUUCACUGGAUUAUAUUGUUCUUAUUUUAGCUUAAAUACCUACAAUGCAGCCACAUCAGAUUUUCCUUCCCCAGAGGAGAGAGUUGGCAGGCUUGGCAAGUUACAUGUAGUUGUGGCAGGAGCACAUUUAAUUGUUUUCAGAUUUACUGCCAGAUGCUGUGAGUUUCAGUGGGUAUAAAUACCGGCAUAAGCACAUGAUAACUUUUUCCCUCAAAAAUCACAAAGAGACAGAUUUCUAACUUUAAUGUAGUCUCAUUGUUCUUGAUUUUAUGGAUUGGCAUUAAAGGCCGCCCUUCGUUGAGCUAUGUCUAUCCAAAAGCAUGUGAAACAACAAUCUGUGUCUCUCCUGUGUCAUUAUCAGUUCCAAUUUAUGUCAUGAGCACAAAAAAAUCUCCAAUGCAAAAUAUGCUCCUUUCAAACAUGAACAACAAAUAAUUUUAUGAACAACUAGGUCCUGGCAUUUUGAUUACUGGCCUUUACACACAUGUGCCAUACACCUGGAAUAUGUCGGUUAAUUGGUUGAGUAAAAUUGUCAGGCACCUGGAUGCAAAGAGAGAAGAAGAGAAAGGAGUUGUCUGUAAUCGUGACUCUCUCGGUUAAUGUUUUAAUAUAUUAGAGGAUGUUUCUGCAUACAGACCCAAGAGUAGAAAACAGCUGAGCAACUAAGGCUGGACGAUUAUAGCAAAAAUGAUAAUCACAAUUAUUUUGACUGAUAUUGAAAUCACAUUUAAUAAACACAAUAAUUCCUUAAUUUCAAAACGCAUAUUUAUUGAACCAGCAAAGCUUAACUCUAUAUAUAAUUAGAAAUAAAUUAGGAACAAGUAAAAAUAUAAAAAUUAAUCAGCUCUGUGAUCGUCGACGAUAACUUGCUAGUGCACAGUGCAGCACCCAUGUGCGCACGCAUAUACUAAUACAUAUUAGUCCGAAUUAGAGCCACGUGAAUUAAAAAAAAAAAAAAUGUUUUUAAGGUGCGGUGUCUUUGAUUUAGCUGUGGCAGUGCGCCAUGAUCAAUUGCAUAUAGGGGAAACCCUGAAGUUGGUCUUGUUGCCUCGGGAAACAGACACGACAGCGGGACAAACUUUGCAAACUGUUUCCUUUUGUUUGACGUCCUUCAAAUUGAAGCCAAAAUGCUCCCAGAUAACUGAAGCUGUCCUACCUUUCUUCUUAACCAAAGGCUGCCUCUCUGCCAUGUUUUCAAUCACUUGUUCAACAUAUUAUUGAUCCACACACGUCACACGCAUGAUGCAGCUGCAUGGAACAGGGGUGCAUUCAAAGUGUUUUUCCAGCACAAGAACUUACAUAUAUGCCAUGCCAUAAGAGCAUUAAUCCUUUUUCUUCGAUUAUAAUGUUUUUAAGAUCAUGAGAAGCCAAAAUUGAAAUCAUAAUUAAAAUUCGAUUAAUCAUCCAUCACUAUGAGCAACAUACAGGCAUUUAUUAUUAUUUUUUUUAAUUUUCAUUUAUUUUAUUCAACCAGGAAAGCCUCUUUGAGAUCAAAAAUCUCCUUUACAAGAGUGUCCUGGCUAAGGCAGUAGCAACACGUUCCAACAGUUAGUUACAAACAGCAAAAGUAAAUCCUGUGUCUGGGUCACACAACAUUUUUCAGGGGGAGCAAUAAAACGUAUAAAACAGUGUACCAGCUCCAAAGUCAUCAGAAGGUCUACACACUCACUGUGAAUGCUUCAGCUAUGUUUACAUACAGACUCAUCUAGAGAUCAUUUGAGCUUAAUGUUGUCAGGUAAGGUUUCAGUAAAGCCUUGGUCAACAUAUGCAGGCGUUAGCGUUUACACAUGCGCUCAAAAGGGACAAUAUCUAGAAAUGACCAGGAAUGUCAUGCAUUUGUUACAAGAGGCUUUUGUGAUUGUGUGUAAACUCAUACCCCCACCAUCUGCAGUGGAAGUGCAAUGCUAUAAAUUAGUCAAUGAACUUUCUUAAGAAGGACUUUGAGCGUUCUUUAUUUGUAACUCUCUGAACUGCAUUUUGACGAAAACAGCUCCACUUGUGUCAGUAUGAUCCUAGCCGGCUUGCAAAAUAAGGCAAUGCUGAAGUUUGGGGCUCUAAGUGAUGUAAAACUGUAAAAUGAUGACAUAAAAUUUACAGUUUCUUUGUACUUCUUAUAUGUCUGGCUUGGCCUACAUUAUUAGGCGUGGUUGAGCAGUAUCAUGGUUUGAUAUUUACAGUAAUUAUCCGUACCCAGUUAUGGUAUUCCUCUAUACUAUUAAGCAAACUGCAGCUCAGGAGCAAGACCACCAUACAUUUCCAGGGCAAUUCUUUUCAUUGUGUUUUCCACAAAUAGUAAACAAUGUUAUAUAAACUAUGUUUAUAUAACAUUGCUCUCAUAUCCCAUUUGUCCACUCACACCACAUUCACACAUUGAUGGCAGAGGCUGACAUGUGUAGUGCCCAUCAGUUUUAAACUACUCCGAUCACUUUUUCCUCUCCUUUGCUGAUCAAUUUUUUUCCUCUUCUUUUCUCUCUCCAGAAUCAGAACAGGGAGGCCAACACAGUUGCUGGGCUUGGUGCUGGGGUCAUUGCAGGACAACAAGAUCAAGCAAUUAGCCAGGAGCUCCCCUCUCCUUCCCUUCCACCUCCUCCUCCUCCUCCUCCUCCACCACCUCCUCUACAUUUGUCCUCUCCAAUACCUGCUGAGGGAGACCCUGACUCGACGGCAUUAAAUAAUACUUGCAUGGGAAAAGGAGGAAAAGGUGAGCAGCUGGAGCGGUUUUUAACUGUGUGUUAGCACUCUAUGAGCACUCUCCUCAUGUGCAUAUUGGUACUCAGGCUGAGCUAUUUUUUCACUCCAGUCUGGUUGAACAAGAUGUGGCACGCUGGCAUAUUUUGAACACUAAAACUAAGCUUAAAGAAUGUUGCCUUUAGGCCUGUGUGUGUGUGUGUGUGUGUGUGUGUGUGUGUGUGUGUGUGUGUGUGUGUGUGUGUGUGAGAAGACAUGGCCCUGUGAUAAGACAGGGGCCAGGAGAGCCUUGGUUAUGUGUGUGUAUUUAUUUUAUAAAUAUGUCUAUUGUUUAUUCAUAAUUUGUGUUUGUCUUUAUCUCUAGUAAAGCAUACUGAGUGUGCAUAGUAUGAAAGGUGCUAUACAAAAAAUCAAAUAGACUUGAAAUACAGUUUAGUUUGAUGCACUUUGGCUCACUUGUAGAUGAAAUUACAGCAGGAGUAGGGGUGCUCUGAUCACAAUUUUCUGGCCAUCACCGAUCUUUAAAAAUUCUGACCUGCCGAUACUGAUUUUUUUUUAUAACUGACAGCGUACACAUUUAUUGUUCUAAUCUUGUUUUGGCUUAUUUCGGCCUUUCAUAAAUCACAAAAUGUAAACCUUUGUUCUUUUUCCUUUACUGUGCCAAACAGACAACAUGCUUGGUUGACCACGCUUUGGGUGACUGUUGUUUACCUGUGCAGCUGUGUGCAUGUACACGUGACCUGGUGGGCGGGCCUGUCAAUCUGGCAGAGUAAUAAGCUACAAUGGCUGACUUUCAGACCUUUGUGAAGGUAGUUAAGAUCAGUGGACAAGAUCGGUUUCAUAUGUAAGGAUCAGCCGAUAGCCGAUCCCCCAAAAUGAAGGAAAUUGGCUCUGAUCAAUCGGUGCAUGUUUAAGCAGGAGUGCUAUAGUUUACCAAAAAAAAAAAAGUUUGUGAGGGUAGAGAUAUUCUUGAAUAUUAAACACAUGUUAGUACCAUCAAAGCUGGUUCACAUGGAGAGCCAGUUUAGCUCAGUUAGAACAGAAGUGAUCCCAUUUCCAGGGGCUACUGCCUUGAAUGCAUUUGUAGGCUAGGCUCGUUGCCCACAGCAUUUGAUGUAUGCCACUCUCUUCUCUUGAAAUUUCCUGUCCCUUGUCAGCACUCAUGUCAAGUUAGUGCAAAAGGCUCCAAGAUUAAAAAUUAAAACAAUGAAGAGUCGUUGAAACUAUUUGAACUACCCCAUUGUUCACACAAAGCGGGAGGCGCUCGGAGUAGAACUGCUGCUCCUCCACGUCGAGAGGAGUCAGCUGAGGUGGCUCGGGCAUCUGGUUAGGAUGCCUUCUGGAUGCCUCCCGUUAGAGGUGUUCCAGACACCGGGAGGAGACCUCAUGGCCAGCCCAGGACCAGGUAGAGGGAUUAUUUCUCUCGCCUGGCCUGGGAGCGCCUGGGAAUCCACCCAGAGGAGCUGGUGGAAGUGACAACGACGAGGACACUGACGACGACGACGACAACUUUAUCAAAUUUUUGAAAACCUUGAACAAACAAACUCAAAUAAAAUAAAGCAGCUGUAUAAAUAAAAGUAAAGUCUCUGUACUGGACAGUAACAAAUAAAUUUCUUUCUGUAAAACAAGUGGCAGUCAUGAUAAAGUGUCCAUUCAAUACAAAUGUAAAUAUAAAAAAUAAAGUGUUGAAAGGGUAUACAGCUGCCUUAGUAUAGUGCCAGUACAAAAGCAGCACUAAAAACUAAUAAAUAAAUAAAUAAAUCAAUAGGUAGCUGACAGUGUGUUCAUGUCUGUGCUCACCCAAACUCAUGCAACACUCACUGAAAACGCAGAUAGUGUGAGCCAAACACUCAAUAUGAAGAGGUCGUUCACACUGCUGGAUGCUUCUCCUCUGAAGCUGCUCCUUCCCCUCUGUUAUUGUUUACUUUCCUCACAAAGCACUUAGAAAGAUCUGAGCAUGAAUCCAAGCGCUUUAUUAUUGUUUAUUAGCCUAUCAGAGGCUACACCCCCCUAUAUGACUGAUGUGUCGCUGCAACAGUUUGAAAUGCCUGAUGUGUAAUUGACCUGUAAUUAAUAUGUGCUGUUUUCAGUGGUGAUUGAGAGUGUGAUGCUGAGAGGAGUAGCACAGAAGUCAGAAGAUGCCAGUGAGUAUAUGUUUGAGGUGGGUCCACAGCCAUUCACGCACUUAUAGACACUAUUCCAGAGUUUUUCUGCUCCCGUCUAUUAAUUUGUUUUUCCCCUCCUACUCUUUUUCUCCUUUUCUGACUUUUCUGUUUUUAGGCCAGGUGGUCAGAUGGUUUUGUGUCUUCCACUGUCAGAACCCGGAAGGAAGUUACAGAGCUGCUUACUCAGGUAAGAAGCACCACCAACACACUUAGUUGCUCAGAGCUGACUAGUGUACAGACUCCAGACUAGUGUCUAAGGCUGGAUGUCUUGAUUUAUAAUUGGCUUCAUCACUUUGAUUUACACAGAAAGAAUGGAGGAAUAAAACAUGACAUAUUUGAUAGGGAUGUACAACUUAAAGUCAUCAUCCUACAAAGAUUCUGGUAAAAAGAAAUUGUGCGAUGUGUGUCAUGCUGUCAUUGUUUAACUGCUCUCUCUCAGCUCUCACAAGCAUUUCCUGAUGAAGGAAUGGAGAAAUACAUCCCUCAGUCCAUUGAGCUGGACCCCAGGUAAUGCCCAUCCACUUCUGUGUUUUUUUUGAUUUAUUAUGGCCAAGGAAAUACAUGUAAGAAAUUCUUCAGCAAGUAAAUCUGCAUCAAAGAAUUGGACUGAUUUCCACAAAAUUAACAAAGUUCAGACAGAUGUCAAAGAAAGGUAGAGAGAAAGAGAGGGGAAAUGUGGAUGAGCCUAAAAUAAGUGGUAACUUCUGAUUGGAAUUGCCUUUCUCAAACUAUACUUUUGAUCUACUUGUACAGUUAUUUUAGAUUACAUGAUGUGUCCCAGCUAUCAUGGAAGGUCUGCAUGCCUGUCACACAUUUAUUCUGUGAAGUCAAACGGCUGAGAGAGAUGAACUAUCUCAAAGAUAGUGAUUUAGUUGUGAGGCUGUUCAAGUGUCAGGUGUGGUGUGGCUGUGACAGUCAACUUUCCUGUCUAACACCUUGAACUAGGUUAGACAGGGAUAUCAGCUGUUAGUGUCCUUUUUUUAAAAAACCUCCAGACAACCAUAGCCUAGGCACUCAUUACUUUUACUUUUAUUACCUCACCCUGACAAAACUGGCUAAAACCAGUCUUGCUCUGUAGUCGUCUCCUGAGGUACCUUGAGAAGUCUAAAACUUCUAGUGCAUGAAGUUGUGUAAUGAUUUCUUGCUAAUUCAGCCAGUGGUAUCUAAAAUUUUUCGGAGUUUGUUGAUUAUAAAGUUUCCAUUUUCCUUUGUUUAUGAAAAUUCAUGAAAAAUGUUGAUAAAUGGGCAUAUCUAUUCAUGCAACAACUAGAUGCCAAGUGCAGUCUUUUUCAUGUAAAUUAAAGCAUGUCUUCCAGUUUUCUAAUUGACCUGAUCUUUGUCUGUCCUUCUGCUGUCUGCAAAACCUCAUCCAGGUGUCUGACAGCACUGCCUUGCCAUAUCCUCCAGCAUCAAAGCUUCCAGCUUUUCUUCGCUUCCACAAGGUCUCCCUCACACAACUCUUCUCCCUCCCUCCCCUCCCCUAGUGUCCCUCUACUACCAUCCUCUCUACCAAUGGCUCCUGUAGCCUCAAUAUACCCAGUCACCUCCUGCUCUAGUAAGUGUUUCAUACAUUUAUUUCAUGUCAUUGGUGUGUUUUGUGUCUCAGUUUUGGAUACUCAUAUUAUCCUUGUUGAUUACUUAAUUCAUUCUGAAUCUUUGAAAAAUAACCGGUUAUUUGUGUGUGUGUGUGUGUGUGUUAAAUCUCAUCAAAGUGGAGUAAAUGCAUUUUACAUUCAUUAAUCAGCCAUACCAAGGAAAAUCUUCCUUUACGUAGGCAGGAAACCUGAGCUGAGCCGGACUCCUGGAUAGACAACAAUCUGCUGCCAACAGCUGAGCUAAAAAGUAGGAUAGAGUGAGAGAAAGAGAGAGAGAGAGAGAGAGAGAGAGACCUGUGACAGACAAACAGGCAGUAGCAUUAACUGUUACGAGCUCAUUGAUAAAUUAUACACCAAAUUAUAAAAAAGAACAGGUCUUUUACAGAGUGCUACAUCAAUCUACUUGCAAGACAUGGCUAAAACCAAAGUCUAUAUAACAAGUUAAUGUUCUUGGAGGAUUGCAAGGGAAUAAAACAAGAGGUCCCUAUUUUUACAUCUGAUUGAGUGCCAAUAAGAGACAGGGUGGGUUGAAAGAAUUUGUGUCUUGAAUUAAGUCAUUGGAUAAAGAGGUAAUAGAAAAAACAAGGCUGUAUGAAAGUCUUGAUUUGUGGUUGUGAAAAGGUGAGAGAAGUGUGACUUCACUUGGCUUUUCAGUUCAGGGUUUUGGAAGUGUUGGUGGGAGCUGAAGAGAUCUAUUUUAGUCUGGUAUGAGAAUUUAUCGUGACGUGUUUGUGUUGGAAAGCCCAGAGAGUGAUGACCUAGCGUGUGUGUGCAUUUGUUUGUGUGUGUGUGUGUGUGUGUGUGUGUGUGUGUGUGUGUGUCUGUCUGUCUGUAUUUGAUUCCAUGAGUGUGACUUCAUCUCAGAGCAUUUAUAGCCAUUAGUGUAGAGUACAUCUAUGGGCUCUAUUUUCGUGCCUCGCCGGCGGCGUGGUGCAGGCACGGCGUAAGUCAUGUCCACCGCGCCGACAAGGCAUGCCCAAGCACAUUUUGGUAUUUUGGUGAGCGGCGCAGCCCAGUGUAAGUAUUCCCCCUCCCUAACUCAGCUCCUCCCAGCGGCGUAAGUCAUAGAGAGGGAGGGAAUAAGGCGUGGAGUGAGUUUAACACAGCGAGACCUGUUUUCACCAAUCAUAUCAGCUCCUCUCCUCACCUUUAAAUCCGCCACCGGCGAGGCGUAUUACAAUUUUCAUGAAGCAGUUGGAGAAAUCAAGAGAUGGCUGAAGACAGCAAUGCCACAUGAUGGCGACACUAGGCAGCCCCUCAAUGAGUGCCACUGUAAGCGCUGCAGAGGGCGACUUUCCUUUCCAAUCUCCUAACAAAAGCUGCAGCAGUCCCCUCCUUUCAUGACAGAGUGGUAUUGGACGAAGCAUGCAAAAUGGAGAUGAACAUGUGGCAACAUUUCUUGUCCUCUUGGAACGGCAUUUCUUUCUUCUAUGACGAUUUCAUAACCAAAUCAGAAGACAUUCAACUGUUCACAGACGCAGCUUCCUCUAUAGGUUUCGGAGGCUACUACAGGGGGAGAUGGUUUGCUUCCACCUGGCCUCCAGAACUAAAAGACCUCGACUCGAAAUCCCAGUCUCCUUCGUCAGCCCUUCAUUAACUCUACCCCAUCAUCAUUGCAGCCUUACUUUGGGGGCAAGAAUGGUCAAGAAAAUCUAUACUCAUACACUCAGAUAACACAGCAGUCGUAGCAAUCCUGAACGAAGGCAGAUCUCAUUCCCCGUCAAUCAUGCAGUUUCUGCGCAGACUCACACUAAUCUCAGCUCACCAUCAAUUCAUUCUCAGGGCAGCUCAUAUUCCCGGAUACUAGAACACCAUUGCUGACGCUCUGUCUCACUUCUCAGAAAUUCAAACAUCUGGCCCCAGAGCCCCAGAGCCUCUGCAUUCGUACCCUACGUUCAGGCUACGCAUCUCCAACGGUUGAUUCUACACUAGAAUCAAUGUUCCUGCUUGCCUUCUUUGGUUUCCUCAGAUGCUCCGAAUGUGCUCCGAACUCUUCCGUCUUCAGUCAUCCUAUCAUUCCAGACGAUCAGACAUCGCAGUGGACACUUCAGAUUCUCUCAUAUUCACGCUCCAACAUAGCAAAACAGAUCAGCUCGGGAUCUCUUUUCCCAUUUACAUCUUCCGCUUAAAUUCCUACCUCAGUCCAUUCGAACCACUCACCAAAUACAUCAGUUCCAGGUAUGCAGCUCAAGCAUCACCUCACGACCCUCUUUUCCUUACUGAAAAUGGAAAAAUGGCUACACGAUUCUGGUUCCAUAAACACCUGCAUCAAGUCAGGCAUAACAUCAGAGCACUAUCAUCAGCCCAUUCAUUCCGCAGCGGUGCAGCAUCCACAGCAGCCAGGCUCGGCAUAUCAGAUCGUACAAUUCAAACCCUUGGACGAUGGUCAUCUCAGGCAUACCUCUCCUACAUUCGAAAUAAUCUCCACGAUCCGUGUCAGAACCACACUCAAUUAAGCUCCCUUUCAUUAUAACUCUUUGGGGGUCAGACUAAGCUUGGGCAGAGCCACGCCUGAGACAGAACCCUCAUCCUGAGUCUCUCACUGCUGGGCCUCUACAGAACCUCCCAGACCAACCAGACAUGCAACACUCCUCAUCAAUGUCAUUAUCCAUCACAACAAACACGCAUUAGACAAGAUAAACACACACCUGAAAUUGUAUUAAAUAUCCAAACUUAUAUCGUUGUGGUGUGGUCAUUGCUAGUAAAAUGAAGUUAAUGUAUAAGGUUCAGGAGCAGGACCACGCCUCACCACACCUUCAAUCACCUGACUAGCGUAUUUAUACACAGCCAGCCCACUACACUCCGUUUGUCUGCAAUUCUCUGACCCACCCUCCCUCCCUCUCUCUUUAACAUUAACGCUUCUACUACCUCUCUACCUCCGCCUCUCUCUGAUCUCACCUUAUUUCAGAUAUAGUCUGGGUCGGACUAAGCUUGGGCAGAGCUACGCCUGAGACGGAACCCCCAUCCUGAGUCUCUCACUGCUGGGCCUCUACAGAACCUCCCAGACCAACCAGACAUGCAACACUCCUCAUCAAUGUCAUUAUCUAUCACAACAUACACGCAUCAGACAAGAUAUACACACUCCUGAAAUUGUAUAAAAUAUUCAAACUUAGAGUGCAUCCGGAAAGUAUUCAUACCACUUCACUUUUUCCACAUUUUGUUAUGUUACAGCCUUAUUCAAAAAUGGAUUAAAUUCCCUUUUUCUCUCAAAAAUUCUACACAAAAUACCCCAUAAUGACAAAGCGAGAAACUUUUUUAGAACAUUUUGCAAAUUUAUUAAAAAUAAGACACUCAAAUGUUGCAUUUACAUAAGUAUUCACACCCUUUACUCAAUACUUGGUCGAAGCACCUUUGGCAGUGGUUACAGCCUCCAGUCUUCUUGUGUAUGAUGCAACAAGCUUGGCACACCUGGAUUUGGGGAGUUUUUCCCAUUCUUCCUUGCACAUCCUCUCAAGCUCAGUGAGGUUGGAUGGGCAGCGUCGGUGCACAACUACUUUCAUGUCUUUCCAAAGAUGUUCAAUUGGGUUCAAGUCUGGGCUCUGGCUGGGCCACUCUAGGACAUUCAGAGACUUGUCCUGAAGCCACUCCUUUGUCUUCUUGGCCGUGUGCUUAGGGUCAUUUUCAUGCUGGAAGAUGAAGCGUCGCCCCAGUCGAAGGUCUCGAGCGCUCUGGAGUAGGUUAUCAUCAAGGAUUUCGAUGUACUUAGCUGCAUUCAUUUUUCCCUCGAUCCUGACAAGUCUCCCUGUUCCUGCCGAUUAAAAACAUCCCCACAGCAUGAUGCUGCCACCACCAUGCUUCACUGUAGGGAUGGUAUUGGCGAGGUGGUGAGCGGUGCCUGGUUUCCUCCAGACAUGAUGCUUGGCAUUGAGGCCAAAGAGUUCGAUCUUCGUUUCAUCAGACCAGAGAAUUUUGUUUCUCCUGGUCAGUGAGUCCUUCAUGUGCCUUCUAGCAAAGUCCAAGCGGGCUGUCAUGUGUUUUUUACUGAGGAGUGGCUUCUGUCUGGCCACUCUACCAUAAAUGCCUGACUGGUGGAGUGCUUCAGAGAUGGUGGUCCCUCUGUAGGGUUCUCCCAUCUCCUCAGAGGAACGCUGGAGUUCUGUCAGAUCGACCAUCGGGUUCUUGGUCACCUCCCUGACCAAGGCCCUUCUACCCCGCUUGCUCAUUUUGGCUGGGCAGCCAGCUCUAGGAAGAGUCCUGGUGGUUCCAAACAUCUUCCAUUUCUUAAUGAUGGAGACCACUGUGCUUUUUGGGGUCUUCAAUGCAGCAGAUAUUUUCCUGUAACCUUCCCCAGAUCUGUGCGCAGAUACAACCCUGUUUCGGAGGUGGACUGCAAUCAAGUUGGAGGAACAUUUCAAGGCUGAUCAGUGGAAACAGGAUGCACCUGAGCUCAAUUUUGAGUUUUAUAGCAAAGGGUGUGAAUACUUAUGUAUAUGCAACAUUUGAGUGUCUUAUUUUUAAUAAAUUUGCAAAAUGUUCUAAAGAAAAGUUUUUCGCUUUGUCAUUAUGGGGUAUUUUGUGUAGAAUUUUUGAGGGAAAAAAGGAAUUUAAUCCAUUUUGGAAUAAGGCUGUAACAUAACAAAAUGUGGAAAAAGUGAAGCAGUAUGAAUACUUUCCGGAUGCACUGUAUAUCGUUUCGGCGUGGUCAUUGCUAGUGAAAUGUGGUUUCAGCUGUGUUAAUUUGUCAGAUUGAGUGUCUAAACGCGUGCUAAGCGCACUCAUCAGAUCAGAUAUAGAUCAGAAUAUCUAUAUAGAUCUAAAUGUAUUUUCUGACUCCGAAUAUUAGUUGUUGAUUAUUUAUUGCACUAAAAAGUGCCUGACACUGUGGAAACCUGCCGGUGAAGCAUCAGUGACGUAUGCGCACUAUGCCAGCGGUCUACCAAUAUACCACUAGAUCAGCUGUGCUCUGCCUGUGCUGAAAGGUGACCAGGUUUGAAUCGACAAGUUUUCAGCGCACUUUCUAAGCUGCUGGCGAGCACGAAAAUGUCACUGCGCCAGCUGAUUCUGUCGUGCCACGCUGCCAGCAGGCACGAAAAUAGAGCCCAAUGUGUUUAUGUGCUUGGAUUUUUGACAUUUGUUUUGCCUCCUUAUCUGUGCUUUUGUGUAUGUGUGUGUGUGUGUGUGUGUGUGUGUGUGUGUGUGUGUGCGUGAGUGUGUGCGCGCAUGUGUGUGUGUGUGUGUGCUCUAUAGGAAAAUGGGGAAUAUAGCUAAUAUAAGCAAGCACUAUGUAAAAUUUUGAUGUAAAACUAUGCAGACAAAGAUGCAACAAUUUGCAUACAGUAGAAAUCACUAUUUGAUCAUUUUACUUCAAAUUGAUCAGAUAUACAAUGAAGGCCACUUCUACAGUUGGUAUAUUAAUUUAUCAUGUAUCUGUUUUUAUUUGGGAAAUUCUUGAAACAUGAUUUUUUUAUCUCAAAGAAAUAACACCUGGAAUAUUUAACCUUUUAAAGGAGAAUAAAUGAGCUGUUUUAAUUAUAAAAUAUUGGAACAGAAGAAUAACAUUACCAAGAUUUUUUAGGCCUAAAAGUACAAUCAUCACAAAAUACCAGGAAAAAUCAGUACAGGUUCACUGAUAAAAUUUCAACAGCAGAAACAAAAAAUAUUAAAUCAACUUGUGACAAAAAGGAAAAGAGAAAAAAUAACGUUCUUUAAAUGCUUUGAAUUGUGUGUGUGUGUGUCUUGUGCUCUCUUUAUUACACAGUGGUUUUAGUUAAAAUAUACUUCUAUUCUAAAACAACGGUGUAAAAUUUCUGGUCUAGGUAAAGUGUUUCAUAUAUUUUGGAGUUGGGAUGUAUGGGGUACAUGCCUUCAAGUGUAGUACUCACAAUUAUGCUGGUCAGCUCAGCCAUCUUGUUGAAAAAAUGUCUUGGCUUCAAAAGUAAAUUAAGUUCCAGAAUUUAGAAUUGUUAGUUUGCCGUCAGAAAAAAAACGGUUUUGCACGAAUAUUUAACAGCACACCUAAGCUUAAUUUUCCUGUAAAAGGUAAAACAAAGAUAACAGUUCAUGUAAUCGUUGAAUUGUUUUUAAUUGUGAAUGUAAUCUAGUGUUGGCUCUUUACUCUUGAGUUUUGGAAGCGGUUGGUUUGGAUGUGAUAUGAAUAGUUGUCUUUUUUUCUUCUCUUCAGAUCUUGGCUGCACAGUUCAGUUCAGGGAAACUGAUAGGUAGGAUUUUUUUUUCCAUUUCGUUGUCCUCUCAGCACAAAUCCUCCUCAUUAUCAUUAUCAUCGUCAUCAUCAUCAUUUGUGCCCUUUUGGGCUGUCUUUCAUCUCUUAGGGCAAUGUACAGAGUGGCAAGUGUCCAACCGGUCAUCAGCAACCACAGCUCUGUCUCAGCUUGCCCUUCCCCUCACAUCUCUUCACCUCUUCCUCCUUCCAUACCCCCUCCACAGCACUCCCCCCAGCUGUCCUUCAUCCCUCCCCCUGUGACAGCCCUGCCGGCUCAGAGCUCCUUGGCAGGUGGAGGUGACCACCCUUCCUCCCAAGUACAUAGUCAGUCCCACUCUUACUCUCAGCCCCAGCAGCACUCCCAACACCAUCUCUCUCCACAAACUAGUGGCCAUUCCUGCACCCUUCCUCAGUCCCUCCGCCUGCCCAAUUCCCAAUCAAUGUCCCACUCACAUUCCCAGUCCCUUUCAUACCCUCAGUCCCAUUCCCAGUCUCGUUCCCAGCCCUCUACACAAGUACAAUCGCAGUCCCAGCCCAACACUCCAGAACAGAACAGCAUCCUAGACUGGCUUCGCAGGCUUCGGCUCCAUAAGUAUUACCCAGUCUUCAAACAACUCACCAUGGAAGAGGUGGGUCAGCUUAUAACUUGUUCGCUUGAGAUGUCUUCAUUUAUUCUUAUGCAUUUGUUACAGUCAGUGGUAGAAAUGAAUAUGUUAAAAGAAAAGAAACUUUGGACUCAGCAGAACUUGAACUGUGUUUACACUCUUAAAAAGGUUGGGUUAAAAACAACCCAGUUUGGGUAGUUUCCCAACCCAGCGCUGGUUAAAUAUUGGACAGAACACAUUCUGGGUUAAUUUUACCCAACAAAUUGGGUUGGUUCACUUAACCCAACAAUUGAGUUGUUCAUAUAACCCAACUAAGGGUUCACAAUAAUUCCUCUGCUGGUUUCUUUAAACCCAGCAUGUUGGGCUGUUAUUGGAUGACCGCUCUACCUCCUGAGCUACUGCUGCCCUUUAACAGCUCCCUUUUCAUUUUACUGACAGAGAAUGAACUUAAGAGUUUGUAAACAUUUGGCAGUUUUUUUGUAUGGUUUUCUUAUCCCUUCAAAAUAAACAAUACAGAACGGGAGGUUGUAUCUUGCAUCCACUCCACUUCACUUCACACAGUCAUCCAUUGAUUGUUCGUAUCAACCUGAAACAUCAAGACUUAGAGUCCCUUAAAGCAGUAGUUCAACAUUUCUGACCACACCACACCGCAUAUCAGCUAAUGUGUUAGCUUGCUACAUUUGAGGCAAUGUACUUUAUGCUACUAACGUUGGCCAAUCAUUAGCUUGCUCACCUACCAAUUGAUUCCUGAAGGCAGAAGCUGGUACACAACAGUGCUUUACAAACGUACAUGUAACAACAAAAUUAGGGUCUAUAUAAUAAUGUCAAGUCAUCUUUAUGGUACAGCAAUAGUGGGAAUGUAACAAACUUUGCUUUGUACAUGUCUUCGCUUCAGCAAUUGUGGCAUCAAUCUGGUGAGUGGGUGGUGCUUGGUUUCAAAUGCCUAAACAUCAACCCAAUGUGUUGGAUAGUUCACAAUAAACCAACAAAACUGUAUAGAAAUUACAACCCAACAGCUAAUAACUCUGUCCCCAACAUAAAUAACCUUGUGAAUUGGGUACUCAGAAUACCCAACUCCAUGACGAUAACCCAAAUAAAUUGACCAACAGGCUCAACCUACUGGUUGGGUUGAAAAAAUAAACCAGCAUUUUUUGGGUGUGUUUAUUAUUCAAAACAGCCCUUUAAAGUGUAAUAUAUCAAAGCAAAGGCCUGUUACAGAAAAUGUAAUUCAUUUCAAUCUGUCUUUAUUGAUAUAAAAAUCAAUUUCACAAUGAAUGUUAUCUGCUAAGAUGCUUUAAAGGAAGAGCUGGUCCAGACCAUACUCUUCAAUAUAAAGAUCUAACAUCAAGAUGUGAUAAGAUUGAGACCCUGUAAGAUUAGGUCUGCUCUGAUUUCAUCUUAAAUUACCACAAGGGUGACACUUCCUUUUAACAGGCAGAAGAUAUCUUGUGGCACAAAUGAUAUGGAAAAGCGGUUAGUCUUGGUUGUUUGAUCGGAUGUCACUGCUUUGAAUCUGACCUGCUCAGUCAUAAUCUGGAUGAUUUCAUUGGGAUGACUAUGACUCUAUCCCAACUGCAGUUGGUCACAACCCUUUAAACUCAUGAUAGCGAUGUGUUUCUGUGUCUUAACAACAAUGCACACAGACCAGCCUUCGGUUGAGUGGGUCCUGUCAGUAGAGACAUGGCAGAUUAUAUGAGUACAAAGUCAUUGGACAGCCAAAAAAUACAACUGACUGCAAACCUGUACCACUCUCAGAGUAAAAACGGACAGAGCCACUACUUUGUGUCCUAACUUCUUAAAUGGCUGUAAGUCUGUCACUUGAUUUGACUCCACAUUUGACAUCCUCCAUGUAUCACUUGAUGGUAUUCAAUUUCUUUGACAUACAGCAUUGCAGAUUCACACAGCAGUUUCUUGAAAAUUGCGUUUUCUAGCAAUUUUCAUUAUUCUUUGGAACAGUUUCCAUACCCGUGUCUAGGCAUGAGCUACAGAGUCACUUUAAACUUGAUUAUUUUUUAUUUUUAAACUUUUUUUUUUUCACGUUAUUUUAAACUGUUUUAUCUCAAUGGGAACUUUUACUGCGACAGUAAUGGGAAAUUUAAAUAAUACACUUAACUCAAAAACAUAAAAUCUCCAAAGGUAACAAAAGGAUUGCUAAAUUUCAGGCUAAGAUUUGUCCUUUGAGUUGUGGUCAUAGCACUUGCAGUAUAAAUAGAUAAGUUGUAACAUGUUAAAGUUAUACUCUGUUUUUCCAUGUCAUCUGAAGUUUUUAGCUCUAACAGAGGAGGACCUUAAUAAGUAUGACCUUACCCAAGGAGCAAAGAAGAAACUCAAGACCCAGCUCGAGCUACAGAAGUCAGCAGAGUAAGUUGCAGAUAUUACUCAUCCAGCGUUUUGAAUUUUUUCUUUGUUGAUGCUCUACUUUGUUAUUCGGUUAGUGAUGAAGUAAUUCAGAGAGACUGAACAAGGGAUAACCCACAAUAAAUCAUUUUACUGAAGAACAAGUAUGCACAGUGCUGAGGCUGAUAAGCCAGUAUCUUUCCAUUACCGUGAUGUCCAACUUUAAAUGAGCAUUACUUAUUCAAAUAUUUACGUUAGACAAGAAUAUAACAUUUUUGAUGCCACUGUCUUGUCCAGUGGAGAAUGGUUGAAGCUCAAGCCAGAAGGCAAUAGGCCAGUGAAGAAACAGUUAAAGGACAAUAAAAUCCACUUAUAUGACAACCACAAACAUCAGGCACAAGUAGCCUUUGAGUUAAAGCAGGGAUAGAUCAAUUAAACCUGGGUAUUAGAGUUCUUUGAAAUGGAGGAACUACCUUUGACCAGCUGGUAUUCACUUAAGUCUUUGAAUAUUAAACCAAAAGAACCACAGCUCUGAAUGUGUUACUGUGAAGUCAAGGCUGUUCCCUCCACCAUUCAAUGCCUGCAGCCUAAUGAGAUGCUUAGUAGAAAAGAUCUAUAUGACCAGGACUUCACCUGCACUGAAUCUAGAUGGAUGCAGAGGUUUACGCAGGGAUGGACUUGCCUCUCUGUGUCAUUGGGAUCUAAGCUGUUUUCUGUCUUCUGAUGUUGAAUAUGAUUUUAUGGUUUAAAGAAAUGCAGACUGGCAGACUUCACUAAAGAGAGGUUUUAAAGAGGUUACCUGCUCUUAUCAUUGUCACACUGAACAUAUUUUAAUUGUCAAAUAUUUUUCAUAAGCAAAAUCGUUGCAGAAAAUGGAACGUUUCUGAGGGGACUGGAAACAGUGGAAGUGUCAAAAAUCAGAGAUUGGAGUCGUGCUAUUGGAUAUUAGUGAGAAGAUGUGAUGAGAACAACCAGUGACUGCAGGAAAAACAUCUAGCUUUUAAUCUGUUUCAUGAGGAACUCCUCCUGGCAUUUCCAGUUCUUUACAGCUUGAAUCUGUUACUUUUUUGAGCAUUGUUGUCAUUUAGGGGUUUAAUAUAAAUUAAAGUGCUGAAAUUAAUGUGCUGCAGAUAAGAUAAGAUAAACCUCUAUGCAUCACCCAGGGGGGGAAUUUACUCAACAUGUCUUAAGUUAUUGUUUUUAUUUUUGUAUCUGCAGCAUGAUUACAUAACUGACCCGUGAGACAAAUAUAAUGAAGUCAUAGCAAAAACAGCUGCUUUGUCGGAUUUACCACGAGCGGACAGAUGGAUCUGUAGCUGUUUCCGCAUGUAAAAAAAGAACAGCAACAGAGACCCAAAGUUAUCAAUGGUUAACCAGCUGUUGCAGGGCUGCAGAGAUAAGAUGUACUUACAAGAAGGUCACCAACAAUGAAACACAAAAACAUGGAUUUAUUUGCAAGCCUACAUCGUCUGACUCUCCUGCUUUCACAAACACCCACAUAGUCACAGACAAACUUACAGCUCCAUAAAACAACCUGGCUUUAGAUUAGAUCAGUGGUUAAUCAGCUCCUAUUAUCUGUUGAUACCCUUUCCGUUUGGAGUAGUUCUGUGUGUUUCUCUGUGUGAGCAUGCUUAAACAAGAUGCAUUAAAUGGAGUUUCCAGCAGUGGUUUUCCAUGAGACAGUUUGAGAGUCACAGGUAUUAUUUUCAGGAGACAGUACCUCCCCCUGCUGGUCGUCACAAGGUACUGCUGAAGUUUCAAUGAGAGGACAAGUAUUUUGUGGGUUUAGUUCUAUGAAACAUUAUCUUUGGAAACUCCAAAGUGAUUUCUUUGUUUUGUUUCAUUUCAGUCCAGAGGGUCAGUUGUUUUGAAGCAGACAUCAUAUACAAAAAUAUGAAACAACCUGCAUGUGUUCAAAAUGAAAAUGUUUUUCUCUUUUACCCCAAAAGUUUCUUUCAAGUCUUUCAAGACUUCAAGGUUGCAAUACUGGGAGUAAUGCCUGAAGGUUUGGACAGGAGGUCAGAAAAAUACAUCUUAAACAUAUUAUUGACUGCAGCCUUGAAGUCUAUAAGCAUCAGAUGGUUGAAACCAGAACCUCUCUUAUACAAUAUCUGGAUUCAAAAAGUAUGGGAUAUCUAUCAAAUGGAGCAGAUCACAUUUUCACUAAGGCAUCGGAGGGCGUUCUUUAUUGAAAGAUGGGAACUUGUGGUACCUUUAUUGAUGCAAUAACAGUUUAUUUUAAUGGUGUAAGUACUUCCUAUCCAUAUCAAAUUACUGUCAUCCUGCUGUGCCUGUAAAUCUGUACUUUGGCGUAGACAUUGUUUAUUUGCAAUGAGUACUGUGAUUAUUCUCUUUGAUUUAAUCCUACAUUAUCUGUGUGUGUUUGUAAAAAUACACAUACAGCUGGAAAAAGGAAAAGAAAUGUAUUGUAUUGAGAUGUAUACACUGUAUUGUUGUGGUUAAAGAUUUAAUAAAAAAGUUUAAAAAAGUUAAAAAGUGAAAAAUAAAAAAAAAGGUUUGCUACUGCAAUUGACAUUUUAAACCCCUCUAUGAACCACAAAAUGCAUGUACUUCUGUUUUUCAGUAGGGAGUUGAAGAUGGAGAAGAGGUCUUGCAGUGGCAUUGCCAGGGUGACACCUUCCAGUUACCCAGGACACCCAACGCAUCCUACCUCCAUAGCAGGUAAUAAAGUUGAUUUAUCUUGGGUUGCUUGUUACAUUGAUAUUAUUAAUACAUUAGGUGAGUCACCUGGUGAUGAGAGAGCAGACAAAGUAUUUGCAUCCAAAAUCUCAAAGUGGAAUCGACCACAUUUGUUUCAGUAGAGCUGCAGGUGGAGGUGGAUACUGCGUUGCACCAUCACCCUGUUUCUAAGGACAGCAGCUCAUCCUCAGGAUAUUCAAGCUCCUCCUGCUCCCCCCGAACACCAAUCUGCUGUGACUCCAGUUAUGAAAGGACCAGGGACAAUCACCGGCGUAAGCUCCUCUCAGCCCCUUUUUUUCCUUUUAAAUUCAUAACCAAUAAAAGAGGGUGAAUGUUAUUAAAGUAGGGCUUGAUGCUUGUCUGACAUAUCUUAGUUAAAAAAUCUGACUUCUCAUAUUUAGACUAAAAAAUAAUUCAAAUCAUUUGAAUGUAAAUGCCUUUAUUUCAACUUUGUACGUUUGGCUCACUGUGCACAAGCAUGCCUGCCUUGAUCUCACCAACAGUCAAUCAAAUGGAGAGGAACUGAAAGAAUCAAAACACUACAUUAAUGUUACAGGUGUUUCAGGACCAGACGCAGCAGGAGUUAGUCCAGAGAAGGACAGACCUUGGCUCUUUGUCCUAAACUCCAGUUGUCCCACUAGCUUCAGUCGCCCCACAGCCCAGGUCCUACCUGUCCAAACUGAUUCAGCAAGCUCUCUCCCUCCCCCCUGCUCCUUCAGCCACCCGCAGUCUCCAUAUCAUCCCCAGGCCAGUUACCCCCAGACGCUGCUCUCCCCAGUCUCAAAUCCUGUACGUAUCCUGACUUCUCCACGUAAACCAAGACCCCCUCCUCUGUGUACCGAGGACAGGACGAAGCCCCUGGGUCCUACUCAUUCUGCAACCAGUGCUGGUUUGAGUAGGGGUCUAAACGUAGGGAUUGGGGUGAAGUUGGAGAACCUGUUCCCUGGACUCAAAAUGGAAGGCACCACACUCCAGGACUCGGUGGUUUGUUGUGAAAUGGGUGGAGGUGCUGUGGGUCUCAUGGUAGAAACCAGCUCUGCUCUGACCUCUACCUCCAACAGCCUUCAUCACGUCUCCCAUCCCCCUCUGCACUUCCACCUUUCUUCUUCUUCAUCGCUCUCUUCAUCCGGGUACUACUCAGACCCACCUACCUCAUCUCCCUCUUCCUCCUUCUCUACUUUUCUAUCUUCAUCAUGUCCUUCCACAAAGUCAAGUUCACUAUCUGGUAGCCCUGGUAGUGGUGGAGGCUUUAUCCCUAUGGUAACUGCAAGCAGUGUUCCUAUUGCUGCAGUACCUGGCAACACUUACUACCCAUCACAGCCUACCUCUCACCCCUCCUCUCCCUCCUGCUCUGCAUCUUCACUGGAUCAAAAUCCAGGUCACAACCUGUCCAUGUGUGUCUGCAGCUCUUGCGGUUGCCGGGGUAACUGUGGUUCCUAUGGAAUGUUACCUGGAUAUGCAGCAGCUGGCUACCUGCAGUCCUUCUCAGCCUGCCCCUCCCUCUUAACCAUUGGCCCUCUACUUCAUCUCAGCCCCCUGGUUGCCUCGUCAAGUGCUAACAGCGCUGGAGUGACAUCAUUCUCAUACCCAAUGAUAGUGCCACCUCCCCUUCAUCACCACAGCCCUGUUUCACAUGAACAGCAGCAGAGCUUUGCUUUCUACAAGUCUCAUAGCAUGGGACACGGGAGCCAGCAACGUCCAGAAGUGAGCCUAUCCUGUUAUAACUGUGGUGUGAGUGGACACAGAGCAGAAGAGUGCAACCAGCCCUCCAUGGAGUCAACGCAGCAAAGUGAGUGAAAAAAAAGGAAGGGGAAAAAAAAUCUAUGAAACUUUUUCUUCCUAUUCUUAACAAAUCUUUAUUUCAAAAUGUAUUCAUAAAUUGCAAAUUUAAACAGAUUUUAAAAAAGAUUCCAGACAAUUUUCAGUGCAAACUGUUACACUCUAACAUGAACAGCUGUUUAAUCAUAGAUGUUUAUUCUGAGUAACUAAGAAUCACAUUUUCAACAAUUCAAAAUAAGCACACUCAUAUCACAGAUGGAAUAAUUAUAUAGAUGUUUUGCCUUUUUUCAGAUAUUUGACUGAUCUGAAAUAAAAUGUUAAUUUUUGGUUUAAAUUAUCAUUUUCAAUUACACUACAAAAUGAUGAUUUUAUCAAAUUGAGAAUGUAUAUUUUUUCAAAUAUACAUAAAAUGUAUAUAACUUUGGUUUUACUUCAUGCAAAAAUAAUGCCAGUACUUUGUGAUAACUUUUUUCAUUACUGUAUCAAAUAAUUAAAAGAUAUCCAAUGUUAAAUAUAAAGAUACAGGCUUUUUUUUUUAACCAUAAAUACACAAGGCUUCUUCAUUCAUGAAAGAGUUUCUACUUACUUAUGCUUUUGUACUGUCUGGGAGGGUACUUCGAAGUUUUAGCAGUGGCUGCAUUUCUCUCUUGUCUUGCAGGUAUUUUUCGACUGAAGUACACGACUCAAUCUGACAGUAAGGACUCAGGGGAUUAACCAGCAGAAACACCAGUGGAUAUUUGCUCAACUCCUGACACAACCGUACCUCAUGCUUUUGCUGAAGCUGGCAUGCAGGAAACUGCAGAAUUAAGAAGGGACAAUCGGACACAGACCGCUUCUAGGUACAGUAAAAUAACACUUUUGUCGUGAGCUCUCAAAUCAUGUUAUCCUUUAACAAAAAUGUACACAGGUAUGACAGAAAGAUGAGGUCUGGUUUUAUGGUGGAGAGCUCUGCCUCAUCUUCCAAACAAUAACUGCAAACAAUCAGCCAUGUUACUUGUGAUGUGUUAUGAAUGGAUGAUCUCAGUACCUGAUUCCCAACCGUUUAAAAAAGGAUUUAGAGUUUUAUUUUAUUGGUCAGAGACCAAAGGCACAGAUCUCAAGUGUCAUUAUAGCUACCUGGACACUUACUUUGAGGGUUUUCUUCACUGGCUGAUGAACCUAGACACAUUAUGUGUUCACUUUAUUGUGACAGACUAAACCUCACCUAUGCCCUGUUCAAUCAAUAAAGCACAGUCAGGAGUAACCCUUUGCCAAGCUCUGCCGGUGUAGGACUUUUACUUCCAUUGAAAGCCCUGAUACGUAAAAGGCAUAUCCAAAACUCUGAGCAUUUGGGGGGAUGCAGGUGUUGAUUGCUGGAUUGGAUGCAUUUUUAUGGAAAGGAAGACAAUAGGGAAUUAUUCUGCAAGAGCCACCCAUAGACUAUAUAAAAUGGACAUCGUCUGCCACCUUGCUGGGUAAAGCCACUUCAAGAACAGCACCCUCUGGUGACGGGCUGCAGUAUAGGUCAUAAAUCCCACCUCCUCCAGCAAUCCCUAUGGAGCUGUGGACAAACUUUAGAAAUUAAUCACACAGAAUAUAAAUUUUUCUCCCCCCUGGUUGUGAUGUUGACAUUUAGUUACUGUAAGACUGGUUUGUGUUCAAGUCCUCUUUUUUCUGUGCAGCUCCAUUUUCAAAAGUUAUUAGGGAGUUUAUGUUUUCUAUGACUGACACUUGAUACAGCCUAUAUUUGUACGAAGAAUGCUCACCCGGGGGAUACGCUGUUUGAGCCGAGCAUCAUCACAGCGACUUUCUCGCCGGAUGAGUACAACGCUACUGCGCAGGUGGUGGUUUCAGGAAGUGGAGAAAUUCAUGGAAAUACGGAAAGUAAUUCAACUUCAAAUCCGUAUAAUGUCGGAAGGUGGAACCAAGUUGUCCAUAGUAUAUACAGUCUAUACUGUUUGCAUGGGGGAAAAAUAUCUAUGAAUGAGACCUCUGGGGUCUUAACUUGACUGGGAGUUAAAUUGUGUUCUUUUUUUUUUUCUUUUACUAUUCUCUAUUACCAGGUAGUCUGAGUAGGUAAAGAUAAAUCUGCAGAUUCUCACACUCAAGUUUUAAUGCAGAAAACCUCAAAAAGGACAUUGGCAAACAAUGAUUGUGGUGUGGACGAAUCAGCUCAUAUAAGUUUUCAACAAGAUUUAGCAAAAAAAAAUGUUAGACUGCCUGCAUUGACGUGGCAUUAGGCAUUUUAUGUACAGGAAACAAAAAGGAAUUGAUAACAAACAAGAAAAGCCUCCACCCUCCCAUAGCUUACUGAUCCAUAGAUCAAGGGAGGGAAAGGAGUUCAAAUUCAGAACCACAUAGGGAGAGGAGGAAUUUAGAGAUCAGUAGGAUUAUUUGGUUCUAUUUGAUGAUUGGAAGUGAUGGCUGUAACAUAUUUGUGUAGGGAGUGACACAGGAAAUCCUAGUGGAGGUAAGUGGAGGUUCCUUACUAUUAACUGUGGCAUCCUGAGACAGGAAAAAACUUGUCUCAGAGUCCCGCUUCUAGCCAGUAGUGGGUAGCAAUGAGGGACUGGAAUUGAUGCAUCUGGCUUUGCUUAAGCUGAUACAAAUGGAGCAACCUUGGUCCAUGUUUGGCCUAUUUUCUGCAUCUGUACAAUCACAACAAGUUGACAGAUCAGCCUGACUGAACUAGCUUUAAAAGAGUGCAUCCAGGUGGGCCACCAAACAAUACAGUCAGCUGGAGAGCACGGUUGUCUUGUUUGGGCUUUUUAUGGCGGGAACAGAGAUGGCGCAGGAAGGGAUUGGGUGAGAGGGCACAACAAAGGGAACAUAAUAAGGCUGGCACUGGUGGAAAAAUAGCGGUGGUGGUCAGGAAAGAGUGUGGGUAGUACACUUAGCAGAAUUUCACUUAGAGGCAGCGGUGUGGCUGUGUUAGUUCAACAGUAUACGUUUACACACUUCCAUCCAAUUAUGUCAGUGUUAUAUCUCUGUAUUUUGCUCUUUUGGCUCAGGGUUUUUUAUAUGUAUUGCUAAAGAUCCAUAUUGACAUAAAUCGAAAAACUCAUAAUUACAAUCAAAUUCAGAAUAUUUUAUUUAUGGGGGUGGGGUGGGGCAUUAUAUCAUUACACUUGCUCUUUAAAUAAAAAUAUUAAUAGAAGGAGAAUAGAAAUAGGAAUGUAUAAAAAUAAAUAAGAAUUGGAAUCUAUAAAUUAGACAACGAUACUUAGAUUCUCAGUAACAGUAAGCCGCAUAGGAAACCCGUUGCUAGGAAAUCUGGACAAUGAUAUUUACGAGUCUUAAAAUAUGCAAUAUUAGAGGGAACACGACUCAGAAUAUCCAGUCCCUGUGCCCACAGGUCACUCUUUGAAUCUAGAGGCACUAUUCAGCAACUUGCGAUUAGAGUAAGAAGGUAAAACUUCCACUUCUAUGUCAAUGAAACUCCUUCAGCCCUGCCUGGAGAGAGCAAAAUGGCCUACUGUUCUAAAUAUGGAAAUAUGGACAGUAUUUAUAUCAGGCUUUUGCAUUUUAUGCCAUAUUCACCCAUUCAUACAUUGAUUGCAGAGGCUGCGAUGUAAAGCAUCCAUCAGCAGGAACUAACACCAGGGGUAGUUUUGAGGUUAGACUUACAAAUAUUCCCCACACUGGGGAAGAAUGUGCCAUAUUUUCUUUUCCUCAAUAUGUCAUGAUUUUGAUGUAAGUGACUGGACAAUAAUUUAAGAACUCAUUGUCAUUCAAGCACUCCUCUCGUGAGUAAAGGUACAGUCUGUAGAAAAUUUGAAAAUAAAGCAUUAUAUAUUCUCACUCCUGUUCAUAAAGCAACUAUGUCCUCCAAGGACAAAAAAUCUCCUGUGAUGACGAUAAGCUUGAUCCUUUAUUUAUCAAAUUUAUACUGUCAAAUACAUUGAUUUCUACCAAGUCUGUUUUGCUAUAUGACACUAAAUUCUACAUAUGUAACCUCUAAAGAAACAUUAUGCAAUUAAUUCACAUCAGAGGCAAAGAAGUCUUCAUUUCUUACUGCAUGCCCCACCUUUUCUUGAAAUAUGUGUUUUGAGCUGCUUGAAGUCUGGCAAGAUUUUCUGGAAGCAAAUGUCUCCCCUUUUACAUGUCUUAUCCUAGUAUUGUUACAACAAAUGGUGCUAUCCAGUCCAGUUUAGUGUCCCCCAAACAAGAGCCCACAUGGUGUUUUAAUUGCCUUAUGUUUUGUCCAGGUUGAGAAAGUGUCCCAUAUCUGCAGAUUGUGCACCAGAUCACUUACAAAUACCCAGUAUAAUUGGUAAUUUAAGUAAGUGAAGUUGUAAGCUAGAGAAUGUUUUGCAGUAUAUUUAAGUUUCUGACUAAAUGAAAACCUGGGCAGGACCCAGAGUUUACAGACACAAGGAAUGCUGGUCCUUCAGGAAAAACUAUCUGGUGGUAUUGUAUAGAGGUAUGUUUAUUUAAAUUGUUAAGUACUGAACAUUCAGUAAAUGGAACAAUUUCUUAAUGUAAUUAAGAAUUACUCAGCAAUGUGCUUUUCUGUGUAAAAUGACUUGGGAAUGUAACCGUCUUGCAGGAAUAUCAGACUUAAAAUUAACCAGCCCCUGUGAUUGAUUUGAAGUUUUCAUAAAACACACAGGGGGGGUUGUGUUUUUAAGAUGAAUGUUCAUUUCACUUUUUCUGACAGGGGAGCCUAUGGCCCAUAGAAAUACUUUAUUCAAUGGUUACUCGGUACUAAGUUCUCCUGUCUCCUGGCUCAUACCAAAGAAUGCCUUCUUUUGACAAACUUUUGUCAUGUUUUUGGAUCUUUUCAGUGCUGAAGUUUUUCAAAGAAUUUAGGGAUUCAAAAAAAAAAACUGAUGAUACAGCAUGCUUGUUACAUCAUCUUUGAUAAAAUGUGCUCAUCAAUGUUUUUGUGCAAACUUUUCACCCUUUCUUAACAGCUUUUGUUUGUCUGGUGUCAGAUAUUGUAUUGCUUACCAUUUUGUUUCAUCUUAUCUUGGGCAAAGAAAAAUGUUGGGGCAAUAAACUGUUUUCUAAUUCUU